AUGGGAAUCAAGAUUGUGGUUGGAAAGAAAGGAUCAGGGCUUCUGACCAAUGAGGCUGGUGAAGUCACGAGUCAUCUGCAGGGUAUGUUGAACCGGACAGUAAGAAUGCUAGAAGCAGGGAUAAAGCCUGUUUUUGUUUUUGAUGGAGAGCCACCUGAAAUGAAGAAAAAGGGGCUUGCAAAAAGGUCCUUAAAGAGGAAUGAUGCUACCAAAGAUCUUAAUAGAGCUAUGGAGAUCGGAGAUGAGGAUUCAACUGUAAAAUUUAGCAAAAGGACUGUCAAGUUAAUGAUCUUACUGUCUGAGGAAAUAGGCAAUAAAGAAUUUGUUCGAAGAGUGUCCUUGAAUUUAUAUCAGAUAAAGCAGCCUUCUAUUCUCGUAUGAAUAUGUCAUAUGAAGUUUUCUCAAGGAAAACGGCUUAAGCCUUCUAAACAGUUUGAGGAAUGUUCUGAGGAUGUACUGUAAUUUUUGCCUCC